CUAAAUAUAAAUAUAAAUAUAAAUAUAAAUGUUAAAGAGUACAUUUCAUUAGUUUCUUCCAGAAUUAAGUUGCUCUCCAUAUCUCACCCUGCAUUUGCAGGGUAGAGAUAGGGAUCCAAACUCACACAAACAAAUCAAAAGAGAUACAAUUAAUUUAUCUUUUGAUCGAUCUCACCGAUCUGAUGGAAAAUAAAUCAAUCACCACCACCACCACCACCACGAAGAAUGUCCCCACCACCACCACGAAUGACAAUAAAGCUACUGAUCUGAAGGAUGAGAAGAAAAAGAAGAAGAAGAGGAGGGCAUUCAGCCUUCUGAAGGCGGCGUUGUUGAUUAUGCGUGGCCGAUCAAGCCCCAAAUCAAACAAAGUUCAAAUGGAGGUGGCUUCAAAGGGCAUGCUCAACAAACUUGUAGGAUCAAUGCGCCCUCUGCAUCUACAGAACAAACAACCAUCUUCACCGACUUCGUUUCAAUCCCUGCCGGGGAGACCUUCGGUUGAACAUUUUGAGGAUGUGCAACCACCCCCACCUUCUCCACAUGGCGCCUCCUCCUCCUCCUCGCGCUCCUCCGUGGGCAGCAUGAGCCAAUAUGCUUCCGCCAACAACCUUCAAGAGCUGGACAAGGGCGGCGGGGGAAGCCGAUAUGCUUCGUCGUCUAAUCUUGAAGAACUUGAUGAUGAUAAUGAUGAUCAGAUCAGGGAUGAUAGGGGAGGGGAUGAGAUGAUCGAUGUCAAGGCCGAAGAAUUCAUUGCUCAGUUUUACCAACAAAUGAGGCUUCAGCGAAAGGGUACGCAAUGAUCACCAUAUAAUUACGUGCACAUGUUUCCAUUUCAUGCUACGCUAUUAUUUUUCCAUCUGGCAGAAGAUAAAAAUUGUUGGGCCUAUAGAUUUAGUUCAAUUGGGCCUAUAGCUUGUUUCUCUAAAUUUUUUUUUUUCUAUUUUUAUUUAUUGAUUUUCAAUUUUUGGGUGGAAAUUGGGGGAGUGGAAGCCAUAUUAAUUCGCUUUUGGAUAGUGGUGAAAUUUUCUUUUGUUUCAAUGUAAUAUUUUCAUGUACUUACUGCUAUUCUAAACGAAUUUGGUAUUUCUCUUCAUAUAUCUACUUAUACCAUGAGUACGGGAUGGUUGUGCUUAA